AUUCAAUUCCACGCAGAUAAGAGCAAAUAAGUAAUUUUAGACUGUAAAAAGUUAUAUAGAUCUUAGUCACUAUACACACUAUAUAUAAAGGCCUAGGAAAGUUAGAAUUUUAAAAUUCUUGAGACUUAUAUUUUACUUCAUGCUUUAGCCAACAAGUAGGCACUAUUCACUUCUUCAUUCUUUCGCGCACCUGUUGAGCGGUGAACCAGAUGAAGCGUGGCACCUAUUUAUUGUGUAAUGGUGUGAGUUAAACAUUUUGUAUAGAAGGUUUUAAGAUGAACUUAUUUGAGGUAUUUGGAACUUAUUCAUCUUUUAUUUUCAUCCUUUUGUUUGUAACUCGCGUGGAUAUAUCUAAUUGUAUUGAACCGGAUAGUGCAAGCUCACAAUAUUCAACUUUUUCGCUAGAAAAGGAGGCUAUUCAACAUUUCUUGAGUGUUUCCGAUAUAUUAGUAACUAAGGAUGAUUUACAGCUUUCUAUAUCAAGAGGUUGGUGGGAUUUGGCUAAGCAGUUAGUUAGGAGAACUCAUGAGCAAGAUAUUGACUUGAGCUCUACAGUUCGUGCCUCCACCUUAAUUAUAAGGAAACAUCUUGAUGAAUUAGUAAGACUCCUCAAUAAACGACAUGCUGAAAUUGCAUUACUGUCUCCAGCUUUUCAGUGGGCUCAAUCUCGUGAUUUUAUAUUCUUAAAUAUUAAAUUUACAUAUAGAUGGAAUGCUCCGGGAGCUCUUAAGGUAGAAAAUGAGGUAGUUUCAAUAACUAACAAUACAUUCUAUUUUUCAGCCCUGGGAUCUCAUUCACAAGAGAUGAAAAGAUAUGAACUUAAGCUCGAACUAUUUGAUGAGAUAGAUGCCGAUAAGUCUGAAUGGACUUUUGGAUCUGUUGGGAAGUUAACAUGUACCCUAGCUAAAAAAGAAUCCAAUGUAAAGUGGCCUAGACUACUCAAAGAUCAAAAUGAAAAGAUCCCUAAUAUGCAUAUCUGGUGGGAAAUGAAGGAGAAAUUUGAAGAUGAUUUUAAAAUUUCUACAAAUAAUGAUACAUUAUUGCAGAAUAGCACUCAGAUUGUAGCUAACUCAACAUUAUCUUCUAAUAUAACGGACCCCACUUUUCGUGAGGAAUUGUAACUAUAUUACUUAUAUUUAAGGAGUAUUAAUCUAGAUCCUAACUU